AUGGCAAUACGAACGUGGGGUGUCGACUUAACUCCUUUAGCUUUAUUAAAUAUUCUUUUAAGCAGUGACAACCUGCUUGAACAAACAGAAACAAGUCUGAAACGAGCACAUGAUGAACUACGUUUACACCGGCUUGCAAAACGAAAAGCUCCUAUAUUAGUAACUGACCGUCCAAGGUUGGGUGUUGUUAUACGACUAACAGAGCGAGAAGAGCAGAUUUCUGAUAUUUGCAAAGAUGUAUUUCGCCUUCUACGUCUUGACACCUUCAAUCAAGCUGUUUUCAUUAAAAUCACCAAAGCAACUCUGGAUCUUCUGAAUAUUGUCUCACCUUAUAUAGCCUGGGGUUAUCCAUCGUUACAGGUCGUACGUGAUAUGAUCAUGAAGCGUGGGCGCACAAUGCUUGGAAGGCAUAAACACUCGAUAGACAACAAGAUAAUAGAAGAAAAAUUGGGUCACUGGGGUAUAUUGUGUUUAGAAGAUAUAAUUCAUGAACUUGUGACUAUCGGUCCGCACUUCAAAGCUGUUCAACGCUUUUUAUGCCCGUUCAAACUCAUGUCAUCCAGUCGAGAUUGGAUGUCAGGUUCACGAAGAUGUCAUGCUCGGAAUGAUUUUUUGACUGCACUUCGUGAAGAGCAGAUAAAUGAAAUGAUUCGCAGAAUGAUUUAA